GAGGUACUGAGAGUGGAGCGUGUACGUACACACAGUACGUAGGUACAGUGCACAGCGUAUACCCAAACAGAAACACCACUAUCUAACAGCAUUAUUAUACUAUUUAGUGUGUAGGAGAAAUGUGGUUUUGUAAGCUAAAUGGAGCUUUGAAGGGAGCAUCCAAAACUGGGACUAAAACUAUAUUGGCCCGAAGACCAAUAACGUCAUUGGUGCCUGGGGAACCAAAUGAACCAAAAAUCUUAACAGACGUUCCAGGACCAGUGUCUAAAGCACUUUUUGAGAAACUGAAUUCUAUUAAUCAAAGUGGAUCAGUGCAAUUGUUUGCCAACUAUGAUAAAUCAAUAGGAAACUACUUAAUUGAUGUGGACAACAACGUGUUUUUAGACGCUUUUACUCAAAUUUCCUCAGUUCCCAUUGGCUACAACCAUCCGGACUUACUUACAGUCUUUCAAGACGAUCACAAAUUAAGGGCACUGAUCAACAGGCCCGCCACGGGAGUUUUCCCGGGCCACGAUUGGCCAGAAAAACUACGUAGUAUACUACUAAACGUGUCUCCCGGCUUGCCCCAAGUUAUGACUAUGAUGUGCGGUUCCUGCUCCAAUGAAAACGCUUACAAAGCUUUGUUCUUUAGUUACAGAAACCGACAAAGAGGUGAAAAUGUCGAUUUUACCGAACUGGAAUCUUCCUCGUGUAUGAUUAAUCGACCUCCUGGGGCGCCUCAGCUCUCGUUGCUUUCUUUUCACGGAGCAUUCCAUGGCAGGACGAUGGCCACACUUGCCACCACACAUUCGAAGCCCAUUCACAAACUAGAUGUACCGUCUUUUAAUUGGCCUAUUGCUCAUUUUCCAAGGUAUAAGUAUCCCUUGGAGGACAACACAAGAGAAAACCACGCGGAAGACGAUAAAUGCCUGGAAGAAGUUGAAGAUCUAAUAGUCCAAUAUGGUAAAAACGAGAAUCCAGUUGCGGGGAUAGUGGUGGAACCAAUUCAGUCUGAAGGGGGCGACAACGAGGCAUCACCUAGGUUCUUCCAAGGUAUUCAGCAAAUAGCUAAGCGCCACGGUGUCGGCUUGCUGAUCGAUGAAGUUCAAACGGGAGUCGGCGCCACUGGCAAAAUGUGGUGCCAUGAGCAUUUCAAUUUGGAGAGCCCGCCGGACAUUGUGACUUUCAGCAAGAAAAUGCUAACUGGAGGCUUUUUCCAUAGUCUCGACAUGAGACCAAAGCAGCCCUAUAGGAUUUUCAACACAUGGCUUGGAGAUCCCGGCAAAUUGUAUCUUUUGGAAGCAGUGCUGAACGUGAUCAAACAACAGAACUUACUGGACCAGGUGUUACGAACAGGCAGCAAGUUAAAAUUGGGAAUUGCGACCAUUGAAAAAGAACAUCCAGAUUUGCUAAAUUCCACGAGAGGCAGAGGAACGUUUUUAGCUGUAAAUGCUGCCGAUACGGAACUACGAGACAAGAUUGUAGCCAAGUUGAAGCUAAAGGGAGUUAUUGUUGGUUCUUGCGGGGACCAUUCUAUUCGAUUGAGGCCAUCGUUGACUUUCCAAGAGCACCAUGCUGACAUUCUUUUAGAUAAACUUCAGCAGACGAUUAAUGAAGUUAAAUGAUUUUUUAUUAAUUAUGAAGGUCGAAAGAGAACUCCAUAUAGUUAGGUCAAAUAAUAAUAAACCCGAUUGAAAUGUAUACAUAACAAUCCAACAAGUCUAAAGAAGUGAGUAGUACUGGCAAAAUAUAAUUUUUUUUUUUAACAUAA